UUCAGUGAGUGGGUGACAGCAGUACGGAUCAGAUCAGCUUCGUUUUCCAUCGCGUUAGAAAUCGGGUUUCAGUUUUCUCUCGACCAAGAAGACGACGACGACGAUUCUAGGAGUUGAAAUCUCUGCAUACAUACAGCCAAUCCAGCUUUUGGAACCGACCGAGAAACUCCUUUGAAGAGGGAAAAUCUACGCGCUUUCCUACGCGGAUUUUCUCAUCCUGUCGUCGUAGUUGAAGAGACGAACUCUUUUAUUUCGGUGUUGUUGGAUGUUUCAUGUUGUGUGCUGUCUUCAGCUAACUGGUGAGGAAAAACACGAUUUCGGUCUGGAACUUGCUCGCACAACCACCGUCGUGGCCGUCGUUGAAAGUUGUGCUUUUGCCCCCGUUCGAGCGUUUCGUGUUCAACAUUUGUUUUAUCGUGAGUGAGUGUGGAGUGGAAAUUAUUUGGAGGAAAAUUUUCCUUGCUACGCUGGGGGAAAAAAUUGGGGACAUUGUUGUUUUUUCGUUUUUCUCGGAGUUUCCUCGCGAUUGAACCUGGUGUACCUGGUCGAAAGUAGUAUUUGAAGUGAAGACUUCCUGUUACGUGAAUUGAAGGAAUUUCGAUUGGUGCGAUUCCCGAAAGUGAUUUUCCUCUGGAGUGUGGGCUGCUGCUGCUGUUCGUGACCGUGAAAUCCGGAAAAUCUUUUCGAAAAAACAAAUCGUCACACUGUCUCGUAAAAUCGUUACCCGGCUCAUCCCUGAAACCAAACUCUUCCCCCGAAUUGGAUCAAAAUUAUGCCCCUGUUGCUCACGCUCAAGUACCACAACCUUCUGAACGAGCGAAGUUUUGCCUACCGGGGCAUCAACUAUCAAGCGAUGAGACUAGUCUCUGACAUCUACAAUGAGAGUAUUGAACCGUCACUAGGAGGAAUCACGAAACCACUAACACAACAAUACAUCACCGUCGACAGUUUGAUCCCGUGGGGCAGCAAGGACCUGCACCUGACUCCCCGACCCAGACCGGCCGACUACAGCCACCAGUUCCCGUACGAAGGUCCGCGACACGAGUCGGUUCCGUUUCCGGCGGAUGAGCAGAUCAAUCAGCGAUUCGUAAUUUGGGAAGGUGACAUUUCGCUGCUGGCAGUAGACGCCAUCACCAAUACCACCGAUGAAACACUGACCGAGAAGAAUCGAAUCUCGAAGCGAAUCUUUGGCCGUGCCGGUGCUGCCCUCACCUCUGCUGUAGUUCACGAUUUCGGACGAUGCAAAACCGGUGAAGUUUGUGUGACGCCAGGAUUUUUUCUUCCCGCUAAAUACAUCAUUCACACUGUCGGGCCGAUCUACAGCGAAAAGUAUCGAACAGCAUCUGAGAGCACGCUUCAUUCCUGUUAUCGAAACGUUUUGUACAAAGCAAAAGAGCUAGGAUUAAGAACCAUUGCUUUAUGUGAUAUUAGCUCCGUGCAGAGAAAUUUCCCACCAGACACCGCUGCACACAUAGCACUUAGAACCAUCCGCCGCUUUCUGGAGCAGUACCGGUCCGAGAUUGUGAUAGUUUGCCUUGACCCGAAUGAGCGCGGCAUUUACGAGGUACUAGCGCCGCUCUACUUCCCCCGGGAUCUGCUCGAGGAACGGAGUGCCCUGUGGCAGCUGCCCAAGGACAUCGGCGGCUCGUAUGGUGAACCGCAGCUAGCCGAUCGCCAGAUCCGCAUCAUCCGCAACCCGCAGCACGCCGUCAUGAUCGAAGCUCUAAACCCGCGUGUGUCCGUUAUCAUCAUCCGGGAAGAAUGUUUGUCCCAGGUCAUGAAGCUGGGAGACGGAUGGCAUCCGAGUGCCAUUUUUAUGACCUCUGUCUGCCGAGUUCGGAGCGCGGACACACCAAGAUUUCACGGGCUCACAAGGCCUGCAGCUAACUCCACUUUCUCGCAGGAGGACCGUCGUGAUGUUGCUGUUUUCAGUCCUGAAAACCAUCAGGGCGUUGUUGCACUCCCUACGUCACCCCUGACACGAAGAACAGACGCUUCACCUUUACUGGUGGAUUGCGAAACAACCGAAACGUACUGCCCGGAUGCGAUAGGGCACGUCCUCGCCACCCACAUCGGUGGCAAACGCACCAGAAUCCUGGACGGGUCCUUUACCUACGUGGAGCUGAUGAAACACUACAGCUCCUCCCUCGAUCUGGAUCCGGACUGGCAGAAGGAGAAUCUAUAUGAACGGUUACUGAGGAGAGCGAAAUCCGAGGAUCUGUCGGAGGUGUCCGGAAUUGGAUGCCUCUAUCAAAGUGGCGUUGAUCGAUUGGGUAGGCCAGUGGUCGUGUUUUGUGGGAAAUGGUUCCCAGCUCAGAACAUCGAUUUGGAUAAGGCCUUGCUGUAUCUGAUCUAUCUGCUGGAUCCGAUCGUCAAAGGAGACUACGUGAUCGCCUAUUUCCACACCCUCACCAGCUCCAACAACUAUCCCUCGUUGCAGUGGCUGAAGGACGUCUACAGCAUACUGCCGUACAAGUACAAGAAGAACCUGAAGGCGUUCUACAUCGUGCACCCGACGUUCUGGACCAAGAUGAUGACCUGGUGGUUCACGACCUUCAUGGCUCCGGCCAUCAAAACGAAGGUCCACUCCCUUCCCGGGGUCGAACAUCUGUACUCCGCGAUAGCCAAGGAUCAGCUGGAGAUUCCCGCCUACAUCACCGAGUACGAUAUGGCGACAAACGGUAUCCACUACUUCCAACCAGUCACCAACACGUCAUCGCCAGCAUCCUAAGGAUUCGUUCCGGCGCCAUCGGAUGUCACUCAGAUCAAGCUCACCAAUAAUCACCGUCAUCGAUCCUACUAUUGCAACGGCAGUAGAGUAGUCAUUCGACAGCAGAAAGUUGAAGCACUACUCCUCAGAAGAAGCAAAAGUCAUCUCCUCUGGUAGGCGAAAACUACUCGCACGCAAUCAUCUUUUGGCGCGUUUGCCUCUUCAUAUUAGUCUAGAGACAAUUGGUAGUGUUCUAAGAUUCCCUCCUCCCCUUUUCUUCAAUAUUAAUCCCUUAUGAGAAUGAAUACUUUUUUUCGUUCGGACUCGUUCGGCGGAGUCGCAAAAUCAGCUCACGAGGCGUUUCAAACGCUUUCAUCUUACUCUCAUCUAGUGUAUUUUAUCCUAUGUAUGUAUAUGAAUCAAUCAUCUUAGAGUCUAAUCAUGUUAAGUAUAAAACUAAUUAAAAUAAAAACAAAA